AUGACCCACGUCAGACGACACCCUUUGGAAAAAUUCACCUGUGGAAGCGCCUCAAUUGAAGCUUAUUUUUGCAAAGACUGCGACUUUAAAACCGAACUAACGAUUCUAUUCAAACAACAUUUAAACAAACACGGCCUUAAAAAAGACGACUUCAAUGUACAAAACUACGUUUGCGAUAAAUGCAACUUUGAAACAAAUUUUUCGUUGGAGUGGCUUCGGCACUCUUCAGGGUGCAGCCAAACCGACGACAAUCCUCGAAACUCACGCAAGAAAACCACCGAAAUACGUUGGCACUACUGCGUGGACUGUCCCUUCAAAACCAAAACCACAAACAGCUUAAAAAGACACGUGAAUUGCACCCACUUGAACGAGGACGAUGGUAAAUGGUACGAAUGCACCGAGUGUCCAUUCAAAACCCGCGACAAGUCGAGUUUGCGACGUCACAUGACUGCCAAACACCCAACGACUUUGAAAACCCACGAAAUGUUCCAACACUUGGUUGAAAAAGAAGCCAAAUGGUACGAAUGUGACACCUGUUCGUAUAAAAGCAAACGCAGAGACAAUUUAAAAACGCAUAUCACUGUCCACCAUUUGGAUAUCAAAUCCUUUCAGUGCGAGCUUUGUCCAUACAAGACUAAAUGGAACCGUUGUUUGAAGCAACACAUGAACAGCCGCCAUCUAGUCGGAAACGACGUCAAGUGGUACGAAUGCAAGCAGUGUCCGUUUAAAACUAAGCACGAAUCGUCGUUCAAGUCGCACGUGAUUGCGAAACACUCAGACGAACGCAAGAUUAAAUGGCACGGAUGUGAAAGUUGUGCGUUUAGAGCGAAGUCGGCGUACGAUUUGAAAGUUCACGUUAUUAGGAAACACGUGGAUGAAGAUAAAGCCACGUGGUACCAGUGCGAGAAGUGUUCGUAUAAAAGUAAGUUUCCGAGGAAUUUGGCGACGCACAUGAAUGUUCAUGCGAAAAGACCGGAGUGGUAUGAGUGUGCGCAUUGUUCGUUUAAAAAUAGGAAACAGUUUCAUUUGAGGCAUCACAUGGAGCUGCACCAUUCGGAUAUUAAGCCGUUUCGGUGCAAAGAUUGUCCGUAUAAAGCUAAAUUGAACGCGUAUUUAAGACGGCACGUGAACAAGCAUCACAAACAAAAUUAA